AUGAUCGACCAGAGGUUCACGGAUCCACAUGCUAGAGGAAAGCUCGAGGUAUUUGCACAGACUGAGGUUGACCUUGAGACCAGCUAUGGUUUCACGCUUAUAGCUACCCUCGGAGGUAACGCGGGUAUUCGGCUCAGCGACUCGUACCUCUACUUUCGAAACAAGGGUGAGGUUCGAGCUAACUUUGUAGUUGACGCUGCCGUUACAUCUCGUUUUGACACUGACGACGUCCUAAUGUUCUCUGCGGAUAAGUUUGGAGCUACAUUCUCGGUACCUGGCAUUGUCACUGUUGGGCCGAACUUCAAACUGUACGGGAGACUUGAGGGAGAGGCAACACUUGGUGUGAAAUUCGAAUGCCAGGUAAAGCUCGCUAAGUGGGAUGUCCGUCAAACAUAUCCUGUUAAGAACAGUGACUGGCAACCUGAAGCCGAAGCGAAGCCGAAGAAGGACGGAACCCAGAACGUGCUGGAACCCGAGUUUGGAUACGGUAUUUCAGUCAGUGGUUUUCUGAGUACUCAUAUCAAGCCCACGAUCACUUUUGGUAUCGACUUCAAUGACGACUUUGUGUCCUUGGACUCCUGCGCUGUCAAUCUUGUUGCCGAUGGUCACGUCACCUUCCACGCAGAAGCUGAAACGGGAAGCAAAGGAAGUUCAUUCUACUACGGGAUUGAUGCUGGAGCUAGCUUGUAUGCCACACUAGACGCACCGGAUACGUUCUCAUGGGCGGUUUCCAAAACGCCAUUCCACAUAGGAAGUACGGUUGACAGACAAAUUUAUCCGAUAAACGGAAGGCAGACCUGCAUCAAUUCCGAUUCGGAGCGUAGAAGACAUGUACAAGAGCCUUCCGCAUUGGUAACUAGAGACCCUUUUGUGGAUUUCAACUCUCAUGUACGUCGUGGGCUGAAGAAGAGAGAGACGGUUGGCCCAUUGGUCCCCAAGAUUGAGGGACUCAGAUGCGCUGGCGACGUGGACUUCGACAAGAUCCCGACCUGUCUGGCAUGUGGCAAUGACGAAAACGGAGGUGUCGAAAUAGGCGAUAAAGAGAAGCGCGGGGACUCUGGCUCUGAUUCUGAAACGUGCUGGCUCGACCCCGAUCGUUCACGGGAGAAAACCUGUCCUGUUGACUAUGCUCCCUCAAGUGUUAUUCGAUGGUUUAAAUACCCAGCGAAGCAGCGAAAAGGCUGCCAGCCCGAGCUGCAGAAGCUAGGCAAGUCAGUGAUUGAUCUAACAGAAUAUGUCACUAAGCACAUUUACGAAGUUCAACUCGUCACUUUGUUCAUGAAAUGGCUCAUUGCGGGGCCCUUGCCAGCUGGAUACAAGAGCCCAUCGUACGCCUAG